CUUUUGGAAGUUCAGUUUAUAAACCCUUGAUCUAAAUAGUUUAUAAAGAGAUAAGACUAAGACUAAGAAGAGGGACAUAGAUCCAACAUGGCAGUUCUACUGUUAAGUGUUUUUGUACUGCUUGUGUCAACAUUCACAGUAAACUGUGCAACAUUCGCCAAUGCAGUUCAGAAGGGAACAGUUACCAGCCAUUAUAUACACGAGGCUUCCGGUUUGUGUGCCAGCAGACAACAUCCUAAUAUGCUGUAUACUCACAACGAUUCAGGAGACACACACAGAAUAUAUGCCAUAGAUGGCUCCAACGGUCAGAGAAAGGCUUUGAUAUGGAUAGAUGGCGCCCACAGUACGGAUUGGGAAGAUAUAGCAUGCGGACCGUGUGCGGGUGGUUCCGGAAAUUGUGUUUAUAUUGCUGAUACAGGCGGAAAUGCUGGUGGCGAUGCUAACACUAUCUAUAGAAUCCGGGAACCAGACCAUCUCAAUGGUGAUAUGCACGUCAGCAUUGAUUCUACUCUUCAGUUCAGCUGGGACCAGCAUGAUUGUGAGACUGUCAUGGUAGACCCCAACGGAGAAGUUUAUGUUGUGUCAAAAGUUAGUGCAGGCCACCAUGCUAAAUUUGUACAUUUACCAAAGAGUGCGUGGGGAGCCCAUCAUCAUGUAUAUGUGAACGAUGGAGUGUAUCUUUCAAUAACAACAAAUGCCCAUGACCCAGUAGGCGGAGACAUCUCUCCAGCAGGCAAUGAAAUUUUACUGAAAACCUAUGGACGUGUGAACUACUGGUCCGUGCCUGAUCGUAACUACGCAGCUCAUAUUACCCAGCAUCCUCAGACACUUCCGUAUCACAACGAAAGACAGGGAGAAUCCGUUUGUUGGGACGUACAUGGUGACGGCUAUUACACUUUAUCAGAGGGAGUCAAUCAACCAUUGUGGUAUUAUAAGAGACAAUCCCCAAAACCUGUUGGUUAAAUACAAAUAAUAAAUGAUAUCACGUGUG